AUGGGGGCAGCAGUGACGGGCGGCCGCGUGGAGGGGAAGGGUAGGCGGGCGGAGAGGGCAAAGGGGGGAUGCAUGCGCACGUGGCUUGGGUUUCGCGGAAACGAGGCAAGGGGUGGGAGAAAGGGGGACAGAGGGCAGAGCAAGAUGGGGCGGGAGGGAGGGGAGAAGGGGCAGGCGGAGCGGGAGAGAGGGAACGUCCGAACAGGGGAGAGCGCGCACAAGGGGCGCGAGGAGGGCCACGAGGGGGGGCGCGGUGGGGGGCGCGAGAAACCGUGGGGGGGAGGGCAGGUGCAGGUGAACCCAUCAACGUGUGGUGAGGGCGAGGGAGGAAAGAGGGAGGAGAGAAGGAGGAGAGAAGGAGGAGAGACGGAGGAGAGAAGGAGGAGAGAAGGAGGAGAGAAGGUGGAGAGAAGGAGGAGAGAAGGUGGAGAGGAGGAGGAGAGAAGGAGGAGAGAAGGCGCAAGAGCAGGAGCAAGUCCUGGUAACACCGGAGCUGAACGCCUUGCUGGCCUGUUGGACCAGCAGGUUAUUGUCACACCGGACAUGAACUCGCUGGGCACACUCCACUGGAGCAGGUACGCCCAGCAGGUGGGCACCCCAGAGCUGAAUGCACUCGUGGCUACUCUGCUGAUCCUCCCUCUUCUUCCCUCUCCCCUUCCUUCCCACGCUCUCCCCCCACCCUACUCUCUGUAUUCCUCCCCUCCCGCUCCCCAGGAUUCCCGAAAGGCACCGUCUGUUGUUGAUUCGACUAAACAUUCUCCUCCACCUCCACCUCCUGCCAACCCUGUCAUGGACUGCCAUGCCCCUUGCAGUCAGUCACUUGGCCUCCCCCGUUCGGGCAAAGACACUUGCCAUGUACCGCCUCCUCUCCCCAUGUCCCCUCCCGUCUUCGUGUCCCUCCUCCCCUCUCCACAUGCCCCCUCCCUUCCCCUUGUCCUCCUCCCCUCUCCCCGUGCCCCCUCCUCUCUUCACGUCCCUCCGCUCUCCAUUCCCCCCUUCCCCCAUCCACGUCCCCCCUCACCCCUUCGCAUGGGUGAAUGGGGAGUGAUGGGAGGUGAGGGAGGUGGUAAGGGGGAUGCUGAGAGUCUUGACGCGGCCGUCACAACCAUCCAAUCAGAUGCUGCCACACGCAUCAUUCCUACCAUCGUGACUCUCUCCAGACGCCGCCUGGCCAAGAUGACUGCAGGCCGAGGUGACUCGAGGCUGAGGUAUGACAAGGUGAGGUGGGCAAUUGGGUUGCGGGGCUGCACGGCGCGCAGCAUCCCUGUGGUUGUGCCUCUCUUCCAGUGCCGCCUCACCAAGGUGAGUGCGCCCAAGGUGAGUGCGCCCAAGCUGAGUGCGCCCAAGCUGAGUGCGCCCAAGCUGAGUGCGCCCAAGGUGAGUGCGCCCAAGGUGAGUGCGCCCAAGCUGAGUGCGCCCAAGGUGAGUGCGCCCAAGCUGAGUGCGCCCAAGGUGGAGAAAGGUGGUGCCUCUCUCCAGACACCGCCUGGGAAGGGUGACUGUAGGGAACAACGAGGCGUGGAGAGGGAGUAUUCAAGGCACAGCAAUGAGGGACAGGAAUUCGGCAAGCUGUUCCUGGUUGAGUGA